UGGAAAGCAGCACUGGUGUUCUAGUCAUCAGAGUUCCAUGACAAUAUAGAAUUUACAUUAAAAUGUUUUGCAUCAAUCAAAUAGUUUUGACAAAUAACAACUUUUGAAAGUUUUGACUAAUCAAGAUGAACACUCAAAACUGACGAAAACAAUGACAGCUAUUCAAAUUCAGCACAAGACAUGGGUGAAGAUGCAGCUCCUCGAAAGUCAAGUCCUUCUGAGCAUAUGUCACUUGAGAAUAUCGUUCUGGAAGCACCUAACACUGAAGAAACUUUGGAAAUAUCACAGAGCAAAAACACUGAUUCACUCCACUUAACAGAAAGUGAUGUGUCAGAAGGAAAAGAUGAAGUCAGUGAAAAUCUUAGGUCAUGCGAUGCAUCUGUGAACGAUGAAAGGAAAUGUGACCAAGGAAAUGGGGAAGAUGUUCUUACAGAUCUUAAGACCACUAAUCUACAAUCAUUUUCAGACAUGAGUAAAGUCAUAGUUUUCCCAAAAUCAGAGACUGUCUCCAAUCCCAACACCUCUACCCCAACUUCCAAAAACAUCUUACCUUCUUUCAGCUCCUUUAUAAAAGGCAGUGCUAAAUCUCAACCACGAAGGAUGUCAACCAGUGACAUGGAUUCCAAAAACUUCCCUCAAGCAUCUUCCAGAAGAUGUGCUUCUCAAGAAAGCACUUCCACAAAGACGUUCCAGCUACAUAGAAUACGCCGCCGUUCUAAGUCAGAAUCAAAUGUCAACCAGAACCCAGACUCAUUGUGUGGUAUGAUCACAGCCUUCCCCUGUCCUACUGAGGUCUCUAGACCUAUUACGACUUCUCAGAGAGAGGUGAUGAAAAGGAAGGCCCAACGUGAGAGAGAACAGGCGGCUCGAGUCACUAAUUUGGGCCUGGACUGUAACGUGCUAGCAAACAGAGAACAGUAUCCACUGGAAAUUUAUCCCCUGUCUGUACACUAUUCAAUAAGUAUUUCUGAGCAUAUGUCACUUGGGAAUAUCGAUCUGGAAGCACAUAAUGAUUCAUUCCACUUAACAGAAAAUGAUGUGUCAGAAGGAAAAGAUGAAGUCAGUGAAAAUCUUAGGUCAUGUGACGCAUCUCUGAACGAUGAAAGGGAAAGUGACCAACAAAAUGGGGAAGAUGUUCUUACAGAUCUUAAGACCACUAAUCUACAGUAGAAUCAUUUUCAGACAUGAGUAAAGUCAUAGUUUCCCCAAAAUCAGAGAGUGUCUCCAAUCCCAACACCUCUACCCCAACUUCCAAAAACAUCUUACCUUCUUUCAGCACCUUUAUAAAAGGCAGUGCUAAAUCUCAACCACGAAGGAUGUCAACCAUUGACAUGGAUUCCAAAAACUUCCCUCAAGCAUCUUCCAGAAGAUGUGCUUCUCAAAAAGCACUCCCACAAAGACUGUAACAUUUAGUAUGACUGAGAACAGUAUUCACAGGAAAAUUACCCACCAACAAAGGCAAGCAACUAAUGAAGAAUGCUAAAAACAUUGUGUAAACAAAAACGAAAAUCAAAUUUAGAGUUAUAUUCAGAUAUAUUGAUAUCCUUCUGUUCCUGUUUAGAUAAAAUCUUUUGUUAUGCUGGUUGAA